AUGAGUGCAAAAAAAGUUAAAGAAGUAGACUCUACGUUUUCAGCUAGCAACACAAAACGGAGUCGAAUAUUCGACGAUAUUUCAUGCUCCAGCCAUGGAUCCAUGAACUGGACUUCAAUUUUAAGUUGCUGCCGGAGACAUAAACGGGAGAGGAGGUUGACUUUGAAGGAAUAUAACCCGAACGAAUGCGACUACAUUGUUGAGAAACUUGUAAUUAAACGAGUACCUUUGUCACUGUAUGCAACGGCAGAAGAUUACCAGGAAUUCGUUGACGAAAAAAAUCACAAAGAACCAACACAUGGACCCUUAGCUGGUAAAGAGAUGAGAGAUAAGCAAGUCUAUUCAGCAAUGACAGAAAUGGGAUCGUCGUUAUACUUCCUGAGAAACAAAGCACGAGGCGAUUUGUCAAAUAGACCAUCGAACAAAAAUUUGAGAUUUAACAGAGAUGAAGACUUGUUGGAUGAGGACACUUUGCAGGCUGGUCCCUCAAAUUACCGCAGAAACGUGUCUUCGCGAAUUAGAAAAGAAGAAGAAAAUGAAUACUUGAAUCAAUUUUCUGCUCUACAUCCAGACUUGAAAGUGACAGAAAGACCGCCAAAAGAUCCGCAACCGUUAAAUCCACCCCGAAGCAAACGAUCACUAGCUGAGAAUAUAUCAGAAAUUGCAUCUACCAAAAGAAGUUCCAGCGUAAGAUCGAAAAAAGGAAAAGACAAAACUAAACACGAGAAUAACGCGUACAUCACAGUUUCAAAUACUUCGAAAGAAAUGUCUACCAUUCUUGCUGACGAAGAAAUUCCUUCUAGAGAUAAAAACAUUAACAAAGCCACUUCUCUAAUUUCCCGCAAAAUUGGCAGCGCAUCGUGCAUUCCUCAUCUUAAAAAAUCUUCGAAGACACAAAAGGAGGGAUUACAGGGCGAAUCAAACUAUAGCCAGAAUAAAUUCUUAGAAAAAGCUCAACAUUCCAAUGGUAAAUCUAGCAUCAAGAAUUCCCAGUUUAAGGUGCACUAUAUUUCACCUGAUGAAUGUUCAACUAAGCAAAUAGCAGAAUCUACUUUCACAAAUCGGCAAAAAAAUUAUCCAGAUUUAUGUGAACCGGAUAAUGAAGAAUCUGCAACUGUAGCUACUUCCUUUGCCUCUGAUGAUCAGAAGAAAGUGGACAAGACUGGAUCAACUUUAAGAUGGAAAAUCAUCAUCAAACAUCAUCAACCGACUUCAUCGCAAACAAAGGAAAAAUCCGAUUCGAACUUUCCCGAUAGCACAAUAAUUCCCGCUACUGAAGAUGAUACUAUUGGUAAAUACAUAAGCGAAUAA